UUGGUGGCUCUACCUCAAAAUGACACCGAGAAUCUGGCUGAGUAUAUGAACCAGAAGGGUUACGCUCAAUUGAAAACGAUGAUCGACGAGAAACAAAAAGAAAACAGUAUUGCUGAGGUGAUUUCCGAAUUCGAAGCGAACAACACAGAUCUGCUGGGCUUCAUCCAAACAGAAGAUAACAAGCUAUAUGUAACCUUAGUCGAGGCUUAUCAUAAUGCCAGCAUUUACAGUGUUAUUCGUGGUAUUUGGAAUUCACAAUUAACUCCGAUUCUACCUGUAAUUGACCAAGUGGCUAUCUUGGAGUAUUUCGCUGAGAGGAAAUCAUCAGAAGCGCUUGAAAUGUCCUUUUGGGCGAAGCUGUGGGCUGCUCUCAGAGCAUGGCUAAGCGGAAAACGUGACUUGAACGGAGGUGGAAUAGACUGCUACGCUGAUCGUCCCGGUUGUGUUCGGAGAGCAGUCGAAAAUAUGUCGAUGGAAACUCGAAUCGAGUUGGAUCGAGCAGCCAGAGAAGACAAUUGCCAACUAGUUGAUAAUAUCAUAACAAGCCAACUUAGCAGCUUCUCGGCCUCAGAUCGCCAUGAGUUUGAUAAUUGGAGAGCGGCGAAUCAACCACCAUUAGCCCUCCAACACAUUCUCAACAACGUUUCGGAUGUUGAAAAAACAUCUUUAGAAAGGCUUAGAAAGCAUGAUCUCAUCCAUUCUCUCAAAGAUUAUUAUAGGGCAAUGAUUGAAUCUCGUCCACAUCACGAGCAACUAGAAUUACGUGAAUUUUUUGAGAAAAUGAACAACAGCUUCGCCGGUUGUUACAAUCCCGUACGUGGUCAAUACGAGUACAAUUGA